UUACGUGAGCGGACAAAGGCAGCGCGCCCCGCGAGGUGUAGCGUCUGGCAGUGGUCUGACGGAGGUGGUUGUGGGCUUGUGGGGUCGUCGCUGCCACCGUCCUCCCUUCCACUUCCCCGCUCUCUUCUCCCGGGUCCUGGGAGGCCCCGCCCGGGGAGACACCAUUGCCAAGUUUGGUGUCUCAGCAGAAUCGUGGUUGGUGACAGCAUGACGAGCGAGGUGAUAGAAGAUGAGAAGCAAUUCUAUUCGAAGGCCAAGACAUACUGGAAAGAAGUCCCAGCGACCGUGGACGGCAUGCUCGGGGGGUAUGGCCACAUCUCCGCCAUCGACAUCAGCAGCUCCCGGAAGUUUCUGCAGAGGUUUCUGAGGGAAGGCCCGAACAGGACGGGAACCUCCUGUGCCCUGGACUGCGGUGCUGGCAUCGGGAGGAUCACCAAACGGCUGCUCCUGCCGCUCUUUGGAGUGGUGGACAUGGUGGACGUGACCGAGGACUUUCUGGUCAAGGCCAAGACCUACCUGGGUGAGGAGGGCAAGAGGGUGAGGAACUACUUCUGCUGUGGCCUCCAGGACUUCAGCCCAGAGCCUAACUCUUACGACGUCAUCUGGAUCCAGUGGGUGAUAGGCCACCUGACUGAUCAGCACCUGGCCGAGUUCCUGCGGCGCUGCAAGCGGGGCCUGCGCCCCAAUGGCAUCAUUGUCAUCAAAGACAACAUGGCCCAGGAGGGCGUGAUCCUGGACGACGUGGACAGCAGCGUGUGCCGCGACCUUGAGGUCGUCCACAGGAUCAUCCGCAGCGCGGGCCUCAGCCUGCUGGCCCAGGAGCGGCAGGAGAACCUUCCGGACGAGAUUUACCACGUGUACAGCCUAGCCCUGAGAUGAGCAGGGGCCGGCAGGAGGGGAACCAGUGCAGGGGUGGGGGGUGGCGGCCGGUGCUACCCAGAGGCUCCAUGUUGAUGGGGGCCACUCAGUAUUCCUGCCUGGUGUCCCCUCACUACACAGGCUCUUCUUAAAAACGACAGGACCCAGUGGGAGGGGUGCGGCUGUGUGGACAGCGAGUUGGGAGCCUGGCUCUGCUGCCUGGACUGGGCAGUGCGGGCCUGUGCAACGCUGACGCCAGGGCCCCUGGUGCUCCCCAUGUGGGAAUAUAGUGAUCCGUCAGGAGCGGAGAGCUGGAGCUCCGUUACCACCACCGGGCCUUCCAGCCACAGGCCUGGCUGCCUUAAGAGGAAGAGAACCUCCCUUUCCGUGGCUGCUGAGGACUCCGUGGCUGCUGAGGACACCCCCUGGGGAGAGAGGAGCAGGCUGCUGGAGCCUGGAGCCUGCCCGUAUGGUGUGGCUGGUGGGAAAUUUGUGUGCUUUGGUGAUGGGGCCCACGUGUCCUUAACGGGAUCAUCACAACAGCCCGCAGCAAGGGGAGAAGCCGGUAGCCUCAUUCUUGGCGGGCAUUUUCAGUAAAAAAUAAAAGGGUGUACCCCCAUGCUGUGAAGG